UGCAUGAGAUGUAUCGGAUAUUCCAGUGUUGAGCUCUUUUUCUGAUUUCUGAGCUGUUCUUCCCAUUCCACGAGCGUUGUUUCUCCCUUUGCUACUACUUUCUGAGCAUCUUAUCUGAUAUUCAACUCAGUCGUCUCUUAGUUUCUCUUAUCACUUGCUCUGAUGACGUCUGCGGCCGGUGCGAUCAAUCUGCUGUCGCAGGCGGCGCCGUCCGAGGUUGCCGAGAGCGUCUUUGACUUUCUGCACAUGGAGAUGGUCAACUAUGUGCAGCAGUCGACGCCGGCUGGUGCAUCGCACAAGGACGAGGUCGUGUACAAGCUGGAGCGCAUCGGCUUCCAAACGGGACAGGCGACCAUUGAAAGAUGCACCAAAGACGUCCAUCGGUUCAAGGAUCAGCUCGAUGUGAUCAAGUUCCUCUGCAAGGAAUUCUGGACCCUGGCGUAUGGCAAGCAGAUCGACAACUUGCGGACAAACCAUCGCGGAGUAUACGUGCUGCAAGACAACCGCUUUCGAGUCUUUGCAAACAUUUCCAACUCAAAACAGUUUCUAGAGAAUGCCGCUCCUUAUGCUGCGUUUGCUUGCGGCAUGCUGCGUGGCGCAUUAGCCAAUCUGGGCAUUGUGAGCGUUGUGACUGCAGACUUGGGUCAGACGUUGCCUUCGUGUUUGUUCCAAGUCAAGAUGUUGUAAAUCCCAAUUUUUCUCGCCAAUACAUUCUGUUUCUGUCUCC